CAUCCGGCCCCUGCCAUCACCUUUUCCGGUACUGACUACAUUAACAAACCACUUCUUUGUUCUCUGCAAUAUUGACUAAACAAACUGACCAUUUGUUGUUAUAUAAACAAAAGACCAACAUGGCAGAGGUCAUUCAAAAGAAACUAAACACCGAGUUGGAAAAAUAUACUCAGAUGCAAAAAGAUGUCAGCAAGAGCAUGGCAGCCCGACAGAAGCUGGAGACGCAGCUCGCAGAGAAUAAUAUCGUCAAAGAGGAGCUAGAUAUACUUGACUGUGCUAACACGGUAUACAAAUUGAUUGGCCCUGUUUUGGUAAAACAAGACUUGGACGAGGCCAAAGCGACUGUGACAAAAAGGCUGGAAUACAUCAACGGAGAGAUUCAGCGGUAUGACACGCUCCUGAAAGACUUGGAGAAGAAGUCCGACCAGCACCGACAGCUUUUGUCCAGUUUACAGCAGGAGUUUCAGAAAGCACAAGGCCUCGCUGUCGGGAAAAUCUGACCAAGUGAAGAUCGAUGCAGCAAAACACAUAGACACACCCACACUUCACAGAGGUGGAAGAUGCCAUUGAAAUCCACCUGCAAAUGUCGUUCAUCUGCAGCUUUACUGUUGCAACUUACUGUUUGUAACUAAUAAACUCCCCCAACUCCCCCCCCCCCCCAUGAAACUGAUUCAACAGCUUGUCUAGAUUGCUGUCAAGUGAUGGCGGUCCACAGUGCCAAUGCUGCCUUAGAAAAUUUUGAAUUAGAAAUUUAGUAUGACAAAAGGAUGGUCAAGUGUUGAGCCUGCACUCUUCAAAAACGACACUGUGUGACUUUCAGGGUGCAAUGGAUGGGAUUGGAACCAGCUUGUGAUGAACAUAAAUGAAUUUGGAAAAAAAAGUGGUCAAUUAAAGGUGUGGGGUGACGAGACAACAUGCACUGUAUAAAACAUCCAUACUACACACUUGUCAGUAGCUAUUUGAAUACAAAUCCAUCCGCCCAACUUUGUCAACUUUGCGAGAAGGAUUUUGCUGACAUUUACUUUGACUUCCCCAAAAAUAUGGUCCAGAAAAAGUAGAAGUGUAGGAUCAUCUAAUUAAUCCUGAAAGUGUACAUGAGGAUUAACGUAACGUGUCACAGUCAUGAAAAUCACUUGGGGGCUAUAAAUAGUAAAAAGACAAACUUAAGUAUGCCAGUAACUCUGCGUGCCAUAUUGUGAUGAUGUGCAAAGAGUUCAAUUGCGACCGAUUGGAUAAAGUACUCACCCCUGUUUAAAAUGCCAGAUUUUCAGAUCUCCAAUUUAUUUAUUAUUACUGUUUAAGGACCUAUUCUGUCUUUAUGUGAACCAUCUUCUAAUCGACUAAAGGGAAACGUCUGUGUUUGAAAUAAAAAUAAAUCGUUGUUUUGUCAAAGCGCAUUUGCUUUAAUGACGACAAUCAGUUUUGGGAUAAGAAGUUAUUGGUGUUCACGCUUUCAAAAUUGGGCUAAUUGCAGAAGCCUUCCAAAUAUGUCAAAUUGUAAAAGUGUUUCUUUUUAGGUUUUGGGUUGUGGCCGGACCAUUCCAAAUAUUUAGAUUUCGUCUGGCGAAGCCGUUCUUCUGUUUACUUAGACCAACUUUGGUAUCAGGAUCCACUGUGAUUCGGCUCUUUUACAACUAAAGAGUGGGUCACGUGAUUGAAGAAACCCUUUUUUCUUUUUCUUUCUUUCUUUUCUUCUGCGAGAACGUGACGUUUUAGACGCGCAGCUGCCACAAUAACGCCACGCAGUAAACUGGAAGGGAGGAUUGUUCUCGAAGCACGAGGGGUGUUUUGUUGUCACGCCGGCAGUGUGAAGUUGACCCUUGGUGCGCACGAGCCUCCGCGGUCUGGCGCGUGGGUGUGAGCGAUCCCACGCUGCCAUUUGACACGCCACCGACCGAAUGUUUUGAAAAAUAACAGUACCGUAUGUCACGGACGUCUUCACCAAUAUGCCAUUUAGGAUUUAAAUUAUUACGCGCGGAUCAUUUGUACUUUAUAGGCUAGAUUAAAUGUAAACGGAUUAAACUGCGCCAAAUAACCACAAAGCAAUUGCAUCUUUUUCGUUUUUAACGAUAUACCCUUGUUAAACGGACGUCGCCCAAACUGAGCCAACUAAUCCUCCUGUGCGUUCUUACGCAGACAAGAAAUGAUGUUUAAUCUGUUUUUUUUUGUUGGUUUUUUUUGGGAGGCAGAUGCCCCUCAAAGAACGGCUAAUCUCAUUCUUACCAUUGAUGCGCCUUUCCUGCGAGAGGUUUAAUCCGUAAACUGCAAAAGAAUCCUGGCCAUGCGAUCAACCCAGCGGGACUAACACCUCCAUUCAGAGAAGCACACUGCAAGGAAAUUGUGCUUUUCAAGUUAGCAGCCUUCCUGCGACACAAACACAUCACGCUAUUUCAUGCGUUUUCACAUUAACUUCAAUCAAAAAUCUUUUAUUUAAACGUUGAUCUUCAAUUGCAUUACCUGUGUACCCAUAAUUCAUACAAAUAUGCUUUAUUUCUACUAAAUAUUUAUUUAUUUCAAUACAUGUGAAACUCAUUUUCACAGAGCCAACUCUUUAAUGAUUUCUUCGUGGCGUUUUGAUGAUUAUAAAUUGACAGCUAAGGAAAACCCCAAAUGCAUCCGUCUCGAGAAAUUACUAUAAGGAAACAAUCAAAAAAAGAAAUUAUGUAGCAAUUCCUCCUCUGAAAAGUAUUUUCCCUUGUGUUUGAUGACUCUGUAUAAUAUAGACCUUCAGUUGUUGAAUUGAAUUACUAAAUAAAUGAACUUUUCGAAGAUACUAGAAUUUAUUGAGAUGCUCGUGGGUGCAUUUAUUCCCCCCCCCCCCAGCAACUCCUUGUGCUUUCCAUUCUCGUCGAACGCUGAGAGAAGACCCUCCACUUACCUGGGAUGGUCAGUAUGGAUGACACAUUAAAGUGCACAUUGUAAUGUUGAUCUCACCAUCCUUUCAUCUUUGAAAACAAAACGACAGUGGCCGUGAACACAUGUAGUGC